CGCUGAACCCCGUGAGGCAGCUCGUACCCGAACCACCACGGCACCGCGGGCUCCUGAUCCAUUCGAGGAACGAGAAAAAAAAAACCGCGAGUGGAAUGGAGGGAAAAUAUUAUUUUAUUAUAUUUUCCCGCCAAACCUCAUUGCUCGCAUAUACCAACGCCGCGCACGCCCCCCUCUCUGUCACCUCCCAAACCCUAGAUCAGGAGCCGACGAUCAACGGGGUCGUGUAACCAGUAACAAAGCAGAUCAGGGAGGAAGAAGAGGCGGGAGAAAGAGGAGGAGAAGAUGUUGGAGCUACGGUUGGUGCAAGGAAGCCUCUUGAAGAAGGUGCUGGAAGCCAUCAAGGAGCUGGUCACCGACGCCAACUUCGACUGCUCCGCCACCGGCUUCUCUCUCCAGGCCAUGGACUCCAGCCACGUCGCCCUCGUCGCUCUCCUACUCCGCUCCGAGGGCUUCGAGCACUACCGCUGCGACCGCAACCUCUCUAUGGGGAUGAACCUCGGCAACGUCUCCAAGAUGCUCCGCUGCGCCGGCUCAGACGACAUCAUCACCAUCAAGGCGGACGACGGCAGCGACACCGUCACCUUCAUGUUCGAAAGCCCAAAUCAAGACAAGAUUGCUGAUUUUGAGAUGAAGCUGAUGGACAUAGACAGUGAACAUCUUGGCAUUCCAGAUGCUGAAUACCAAGCCAUUGUGAAAAUGCCUUCGGGAGAAUUUGCAAGGAUUUGCAAAGAUCUGAGCAGCAUAGGAGAUACUGUGAUUAUUUCAGUGACUAAGGAAGGAGUCAAGUUUUCUACUGCAGGAGAUAUAGGAACUGCCAACAUUGUUUGCAGGCAAAACAAGACUGUAGAUAAGCCUGAGGAAGCCACCAUCAUAGAGAUGCAAGAGCCUGUAUCACUAACGUUUGCUCUGAGGUAUUUGAACUCUUUCACCAAGGCAACACCACUCUCUGAGACUGUAUCGAUCAGCUUGUCGUCUGAUCUGCCCGUCGUGGUUGAGUAUAAGAUUGCAGACAUGGGAUAUGUGAGGUAUUAUUUGGCACCAAAGAUCGAAGAAGAUGAGGAAAUGAAGUAAUAAAAGUAGUUAAAGUUUUGUGCUGCCUUCAGGGUAUCUUCAAGAGUUUGUACUGGUUUCCUCUAAGGAUUAAUUAGAAAAUUUAUCUGUUUUGAAUGUCCGAUUCAGUUAGUAAAAGCUCUGUUCUUGCAUUAUGAUAUUUCUUUGUUGGUUUCAGUAGGAUUUGAUGGUUGUGACUGAGUUCCAAAAAACUUCUUGCAAAGGUUGUGAUUGUGAAUGUUCACCUUGGGAGCUCUAUAUUAUUGCUUACCUACACUCUCAAAAUUGUAUCCAUUGACAUGAGAUAACUCUAAUUAAUAUGUAAUGUGGUUGUUAUUUCA